CCAAUAUGGCAUCCGACGAACGGUAGUGGGGGACCGACUGUGCUGCCCUCGGCUUACGUACCGAAAGAAUAAGCGAACUAAUCACUUCCGUCACCACUAAAAUACGAGGAGUUUGUACCCCCUGCACCACAGUGUAGAUAAUAAGCGUUGGAAUACACCAGCUACGAGGAGAAUGCCUGCACAAGAAGUAACGGUGUCGCAACUGCCAGCGACUGAUGGCGAAGAAAACAUUCCCUCGUCUCAACCGAUCGUGGGCAUUAUAUAUCCGCCUCCGGAGGUUAGGAAUAUCGUUGACAAAACUGCUAGUUUUGUGGCUAGAAAUGGACCAGAGUUUGAGUCCAGGAUCAGGCAGAAUGAAUUGGGCAAUCCCAAGUUUAAUUUCUUAAACUUUGGCGAUCCCUAUCAUGCCUACUACGAGCAUAAAGUGAAGGAGUCCAAGGAAGGUAAAAAUCAGGAGCCUACAACAGGAUCAGGUCCUGGGAAAACUGUAAAUCUUAUCGCACAUCAGAAGCAGCAAGAAAUCUUGAAGCAAGUCGAGCAGCCGUUUAUACCCAAGGAUCCACCUGCCGAGUUUGAGUUUAUAGCAGAUCCUCCUUCAAUAUCAGCCCUAGAUUUGGAUAUUGUGAAGUUAACUGCUCAGUUUGUAGCACGUAAUGGAAGGCAAUUCUUGACCAAUCUGAUGAAUCGUGAACAGAGGAAUUUCCAGUUUGAUUUCUUACGUCCACAACAUUCUUUGUUUCAGUAUUUUACUAAAUUAUUAGAGCAAUACACUAAGGUAUUGAUUCCACCUAAAGAUUUAUUGCCACGUUUGCGAGAUGAAUCAUUCAAUAUGGAUAAGAUCCUGGAGCAAGUGAAAUAUCGCGCUGAGUAUUUAAAGUAUCAAGAGGCACAAAGGCGUAAGGAGGAGGAGGAACUGGAGAGAGAAAGAGUCGCUUAUGCGCAAAUCGACUGGCAUGAUUUUGUCGUUGUCGAAACUGUAGAUUAUCAACAAUUCGAAGUUGGUAAUUUUCCAGCUCCAACAACACCGGAUGAAGUCGGCGCUCGAGUUCUCAUGCAGGAGCGUAUAGAGGACGGCGAGGACGUGGAGAUGCAAAUCGAUAGCGAUGGAGAGGAGGAAAUGCAGAUGCGUACAGAUGGCGAGAAGGAUCGUGCGAAAGAUAACAAUCAGGUACAAGAUAUGGAGGAAGAUUCCAGUGAUGAGGACGACGUGUCGCCACCGGGUGACAUUCACAAGUCUAAAGAAUCGAAGCCGCGCGAUACCAACAUGCAACCUCCUCCGUUGCCACCCACUCCAGGAAAUGUGGUGGUCAAGAAAGGAUACGAUCCGAAACAACAUGCGGUCAAGGCUACUCGUCCCGCCGCUCCGGAUGAGUACCUGAUCUCGCCGAUUACCGGCGAGCGUAUACCUGCUAGCAAGGUGCAGGAGCAUAUGCGUAUCGGAUUGCUGGAUCCGCGCUGGGUCGAGCAGCGAGACAAGCAUCUGGAUAAAUUGGCGCAAGAGACUGUGUUUGCGCCUGGCACAGCGAUCGAGGCUAGUCUGAAGCAGCUCGCUGAGAGACGUACCGACAUAUUUGGUGUCGGUGACGAGGAGACUGCGAUUGGCAAGAAAAUUGGGGAGGAGGAUAAGAAGAAGGACGACAAAGUUACAUGGGACGGUCACACUUCAAGUGUAGAAGCCGCCACUAGGGCUGCGCGCGCCAACAUCACUCUUGAGGAACAGAUUCAUCAGAUACACAAGGUGAAGGGUCUGUUGCCGGACGAAGAGAAGGAGAAGAUCGGCCCGAAACCUGUGAACCGUGCGACCGAGCUUUCUCAUAUGGCAGCCGCUGCUUCGAAGCCGCAGGCUACGUUGAAGGCGCCACCGAAGCCUCCAGCACCGAAGCCUAUACCGGUUCCUGCUCAGCCACCUCCACCGCCGACCAUGAGCAUGCCCACUAUGGGUAUACCCCAGCCGAUGAUGCCGCAAGCGCCAAUGAUGAUGAUGGCACCCAUGCCACCGAUGGCGCCUAGGCCGCCGCCUUUGAUGACACCGGCGAUGUCACCAUUCAUGCCGACGCCACCGCCGAUACAACCACCAAUGGGACCUGCUCUUGGGUUGAAACAUGCUGCUAAACCGAUGGAAGAAGAGCCACAAACCAAGAAACUAAGGACGGAGGAUUCGUUGAUUCCAGAACAACAAUUUCUUGCUAGAAAUAAGGGUCCUAUACAAAUCAAUAUUGCGGUGCCUAUGAUGACGGAGAAGGCUGAAUGGAAAUUAAAUGGACAAACGUUGAAUAUUAACUUGCAAGUGAGCGACACUGUGUCAACCAUGAAAGCGCUGAUUCAUGAGCAAACUGGCAUGCCGCCUGGCAAGCAGAAGCUGCAGUACGAGGGAAUGUUUUUCAAGGAUAACAAUACUCUGGCAUAUUAUAACCUAACUUCGGGCAAUGUCAUCAAUUUGUUACCAAAAGAAAGGGGUGGUAGGAAGAAGUAAGAUAAAAACAAUAUAUAACGUAUUAAAUAUUGCAAAAGAUGUACUACUAUAAUAAAUAAUGAAAAUGAGAGAGAGAGAGAGAGA